UUUGUGUGUUGUCUCAGUUGAGUAAAGGAUAUACGCGCGUGCGGUUGUUGCUGCCAUUAAUAGACGCUGCAGCGCUCUAAUUAAAACAAAAAGUCAAAACUGUUAAAAAAAGUGUGAUUUUUUUUUUUGGUAAAUUGCCAUUUUAUAAAAUCUACAGCAAAUGUGCGUCUGCAAAAAAAUAUAUGUGUAUAAACAUAGUUUAAAAAUAUUUAGUGCUGCGUUAUGUGAAAUGCAUAGGCGUGCGUGCGUGUGAGUUGUGUGCAUACUUAUAGGCGUUGUAUGAAAUUCCUAAGCAACAAUUAGACGAGUCGUACAAAACAACAAAAAAAAAAUGAAUUGUGAAUUCAAUAUCUACGCGUAAAAACUACGACAGCAGACAUUUUGCAGCGAGUGUGCAAUUUCGAAACGGCAGCGAAAAGCAAAUUCAGAGAGCAAGUAAAACACAAGUUGUAUUGUAGCAAACAAAAUUUAAUUAAAUGAANCGCUUAGUAAUUCUCUAUACACGCGCAGAUAUGCUGCGACGAGUGCUGCUGCUGCUUACCGCUGAACACCUCAAUCAAGUUAGUUAGUUGGCUGUGGCAGUCGUCGUGACUCGCACUAGAGACGCUGCACAAACUUAAGUAGCUAAAUGUUGCGUCCAACUACGACGCGUACACACGUCUUAACCACGUACUGAAGCCGUGCCGUGUACACAAUUCGAAGUUUAUGCGCUCAUCCUUGGCGUUCGUUCGAAAUUGCGUGUUGUGCCGCGUGCCUUGUACCUCGCGCGCUCGUUGUCGCUUCGUGCAUGCCGUCCGGCAGCGACGAUUUCACGUUUACCACCUCGACUGCGCACUUUCCGCUUCAACACUAUUCUUGUCUAACUUUAAUUCAUUAUUCGCAUUGUACAUAUGUAUGUGUAUGUUUAGACGUUAACGUAUAACGGCGCGUGUGUGUCUUCCUACUCCAGGCGAGCUUAAGCUUAUGCUGGCUGUGUUGUGUUCGUACGCAAGUCCUUUUCACCACACUCGCUUCAACUCUCCAUUCGCUAAAGCUUCAAACAAUUGUCUCUUCUCGUUGGUUUUUAGCUGCCAAAUUGAAGUUUGCUUACUGGCGUGUUAACCACACACACUCGCACACGCAAAUACCAGAAUAUAAAAAUCUGUGUACAUGCAUACAUACAGACAUAUGUGUGAGCGCUUGUGGUUAGGCUUGUAAAGCGCAAAGUCACACAACCGGAUAUAAGCGUGCGUAUAACCGGCUUUAUUGGCCUAUCGGAUGUGUGGACUUGAGGAAGUGUAGAAGAUGCAUAAUCUAUUUUGUGCAUGAAUACCGUUAGCCAACUGUGUUUUGAUAGCGUAAAAUUGUGAAAUAUCGCAAACAGUUUAAAUUUCUGUGUGACUCCUAAAAGUAUGCAAUUGUUUUGCACCAAAAAUCUUUGAAUACACACAAAAAGUGAUACGAUCACUGAAAAGGUUUUCUAUUUUAAAGUAUUUAAUUAGUGUGCGAAUCUAAAUGCGUUUUUAAACCUAUACAUACAUAUAUACUGAUAAUUGAUAAUCAGCAAUCGUAUAUAUAUCUAUAUACUAGCUAAAAUAUUAAGUGUUUAACUUCCAUAAAUGCAAACAGAGCACAUGGCGCAAGUGUGAGAGCGCAUAUGGUUGUCUGGUGGCUUUAUAUGCGCAUAAAAAACGAAAGUUAAAAGGAACUUUUUACCGAGACUAUGAAUUAUUAAUCAAAGUUCUGUGUGCUAGAAGAAAUAAGACACAACUCCAGUGGCUACGCCAUAGCAACGGUAACUGUGAAAACUAAAUCACUUGCAACACAAUUAAAAUUAUUUAAACGCUAAUAUAUUGUUACGGAUAUGGAAGUGCGGGGGAAAUGUCAGUGGCAAGCUACUAAAGAACCACAACAGCAACAACAAACACAAAAACAACAGCAAAAUCAGCUACAACAACUAUUUGAAGUGCUGCAACAAACCCAACGGAAAUGCCACCAAAACCAAAACGAAAGAACAAACCACCUACGAUUACAGCGAAUACAACAAAAACAAUACACAAAUGAAAAACAUACAGUAAUUACACCGCAGCAGCUGAAAACGGUGCAAAAGCCAAAACAAAAUGUUGAACGACAGCAGCAGCGAAGUGCGUUACAGCAACAUCCUAAAUUAUUACCCAUAAAUCAUCAUCGAUGGCCGAUGCCACCAUUGUUGGCGAACGUAGCCACAUCGCCACCAACGCCACAAAGUUCAAGCACAUCACCAAAUCCUAAUGUGGUAAACGAAUUUGUGCGCUUCACAGCAGCUGCCAUUUCCCGAAGCCUGGCGGACGUGACAGCGACAUUAGCGGUCGCGGCAGUGACGAAAGCGAAAGCACUCGCUGCAGUUGCAGGUUGUUGUAGAAAACAAUUUCCAAUACUUUGGUUGUUGGCCUUACUCAGUGCCGCACAAUUCACACCAACAGCAACAACAAACGUAGCGGCAAGCAGAGCUGCGGCAAGUAGCGGCGUGUUCAGCCCAACGCCAAAGCUACUGCAACAUGGGAUGUUGAGCACAGCCGCAACUGUCACCGCUGCCGCUUUUCUGAGCCAAGCAUCCGCUGUACAAGCGGCCAUUUUGAGUGCCAGCGCAACAACAUUUCAGCCGAGACUAACGCGUUACAAAUUUCCCACAGAGGCAGACGAGGGUGUGGGGACGGAUGGCUACGCGGAUGCGGAUGCUGAUGCAUUGGUGCAGGUACAGGUAAAACGCAUUAACCUGUUGGAUAAUGAUGAUGAGACGGCGGCAAUGGCAGAAGUAGCAGCACCACCUCCACAACCCGAGGAACUUGAACAGGAGGAGCUGACGUCCGAGCAGGAAGAACUAUACGAUGAGGACCAACAGCUGUCACAGCAGGUUGCCGCUAGAAAAUUGAAUAGCAAUGAAAAGCAGUUGCUUAUGUUCUAUCGACGUGUGCAACAUGCGGCUGAGAGGCAGCAACAACAGCUUGACCGCGAAUACUCCACAUCACAGCGCCAUUAUCAAAGCGCGGGCGUAGAAGAACAACCAACAUCCUUUCUCGUUGAGUCAAAGUUGCAUUUAGCCGACAUAAGGCCAACAGUUGACAAUGUGGUUCCGAUGCCCAGCGACGAUGUGUUGGCUAUGCAGUUAUUGCACAAACAUGUCACCAAACGCAGUGCAACCACUAAGCUUGCAUCAACGACGGUAACGCCAACCGCCUACAUUGCAGGUGCUACCGCCGCUAACAUCAGUAGCGUAGCGACUAAAAACGUCACCGCAGCAGCGGACAAUACCGAAGAGAAGUGUGAACCUAAAGUGUUGGAGGAGGUGCCACCCGAACCGUUCUUUGAUUUCUCCGACAUCGCCGAAGAUGCUGCACGCCAAUUCACUGAAUUUAUUACGAAUAAAUUUGGCACCUCAGGCCCACCAACGCAGCAGGCCAUCACAGCGGAAUUGCGUGAAGAGCUGCGACGUCGUGCCAACGGCAUUGCCAGUUAUGCACUAAAUGAGGAUGAGAAUCUGUUGGCGUUUGCAAUUGCAGCGCCGAGCAUACAAACGGUUGUGGUCAAGUUCAAGGACGAUGUAACGAUACCACCGGAGCAGAUACACAAUAAAGCUAUUCUUGGUUCCUAUUGGCGUGAAUUGGGUGUGGCGUGGAACAGCACCGAGAGCACACAGGAGUGGGGUGCACCAUUCCGGGAUUGCAAUGUGUUGAAAGGACGUUGGCUGUGGCCGUUUCGCAUUACAUUUAGUGAAAAUAAAAUAAAAAUUGGUGCGGUCGCCUUUAUCGCUGCUGAUGAGGACGUCUGUAAUGAUGGGCUGGAGGAAGUUUUCGGACGAAAGCAUGGCUGCGAUCGCAACACCACAUUUUGUUUACUUACCGAGAAUAAACCCUCGGCGACACGCGAUGUCUAUACCUGCAUCUGUCGUGAAUCCUUCUAUUUGCCCAACUCAACGCUACAGGGUUUUCGUGGUGAUAUCGUGGAGGCAUCCGAGGGUUAUGGCAAUUAUUCAUGCAUACCCUGUCCCGAUGGCUGUACAACUUGUGAUCAGCAUGGCGUCUGUUUGUUGGGUGAACCACCCGAGGUUGUGUCAAUGGAGAGCUUAUUAAAUGUAUCUGUGGGCUCGGUAUUGGGCGCAUGCAUACUUUGUUGUAUUGUAUUGAGUGUAAUUGUUUUCCGGCAGCGAAAGUGUAAGUCUAUUGCCUCAGGCAUGUGGACCGUGCUGGAAACAAUUUUAUUAGGAAUUAUAUUACUUUAUGCAUCGGUUGCCGUCCAUUUCUUUCCCGCCACUACCGAACGCUGUCUGCUUGAACCAUGGCUGCGCGAACUUGGCUUCAUCACCUGCUACGGUGCCAUCAUAUUGAAACUGUAUCGCCAUCUUGUCGAUUUUCGUACACGCAAAGCACAUCGUUGGGUAUUGCGCGACAUUGAUUUGCUGAAAUAUUUGGGCACCAUGGUAUUUGCGGUCACCUGUUAUAUGGCCGCCUUCACUGCCGCCGCACUAGAUCUGAUCGAUGUGUCACAAUUGGGUACAUUGCGUGAGCAGCGCACAAACACUUGCCUGCCACUCAAGUGGGAAUAUGUGACACAGGUCAGCGAAGUGUUGAUACUCUGCUUUGGACUGCAUUUAGCUUUCGCCAGUCGCAAUGCCAACACGCAAUUUAGAGAAAGGCAGUUCCUCGUUGCGACACUGAUCAUCGAAUUCCUAGUGUCGACCACAUUCUAUGUUUUGCGUUUCUUCUAUUUGCCCGAAAUGAGUCCGAGCGCUAUAUUUUUAGCGCUUUUCCUGCGCUCACAAUUGACCAACACCAUGGCGUUGGGUUUGAUAUUUGUGCCAAAAUUGUGGUAUCAGCAUAAGCAGGUCCCCUUGCCCAUGAAUCUAUCAAUACGUUUACCUGUGGAUGCUUUCAAGGUCAAUGAUCCACAACGUCUGGGCGGUGGUUAUGCUGGUCUAUGUUUGGGUGAUCCCGAUAUUGGUGAAUUAACCAUUGCCGAAAUGAGCCCAGAGGAUAUACGUGCUGAACUUAAAAGACUGUAUACACAACUUGAAAUUUUAAAGAAUAAAACCUUACGUCAAGACAAUCCGCAUAUAAGUAAACGACGUGGCGGACGGAAAGCUGGACAUCGUCGUUUCUCGUUACAAAAAAAAGGAAGCAAAGAUAAGGCUCUAAGUGCCAAACACCGUAGCAACAAACAUCAUCAAGAUAUUGAAAUCACCGAAGCCGAACCAUCGCGCACACCCGAAGACUCAGUGUGCAGUGUAGAGGGCCCGACCGAUGCAGAGAUAUCGGGCAUUUCACAUUCCAUGCUAUCACAUUCCGCCAUUUCACACUCAAUCGUCUCGCAUUCGAAGUGAAAUACAAAGUCUACAACAUGGGUGUGAAAGAAGCAUGAAGAAGUGAUUAAAGAAAAAUCGUAAAUAAUUUAAAAUCGCGUGAAGUGAUAAUAAUAAAUGCAGAUAAAGGAUUUUGAAGGUGACACGAGAUUAUUACUUUUUUUUUGUUUUUGGAAAAUUUUGAAAAAACAUGAAACAGAAAUAUUUUUAAACAUCUGAAACUUAACCAAUACAUUAUGUACAUACAGAUAUAUAGUUAUAAACGCACUUAUGAAGGUAAGCAGUUAUACAUAUAUUAGUAUUUAUAAUAAUAAGUUAAAUGCUCGGUUUAUAUGAUAAAUUAUUUUUUUUUUUUUACAUAUUUGUAAAUUUUGUACUAAGACGAUUAUCUAUUUACCAUUGUUUAAUGUAGCGGUAUUUUUUUUCAAAUAGAAGAAAUAUAAAUUGUUGCAGAAAUUUAAUAUAUGUAUAUAUAACAGUUUUCAAGUGAUCGGGUUUUCUGGCUUAAGGGGUUACAUUCACGUCUUCAAAAAAAAAAAAAAAAUAUGUUUUUAUUGUCUUAUUUAAUUCUAUAACAUCUCUAGAAUAUUGUUCUUAAUUUCUCAAGUUGAUCCCAGUAAUAGUUCUGGAGAUGCAGCCUUGACAAGUUGGACGCUCGAGGUCAGCUAUUUAUUCACUUAAAACUUUAAACGCGAUUUUCUCGAGACUGUUGUCAAACACGGUUGUCAAGAUUUGUCACGAACUACUCAACCGAUCUUAAUGCAAUUUUACAUAGGUCUUCAAUAUAUCCUUUACAAGGUAUUGAAUUCAAUUACAAUUAUCUUCUUUCAAUUACAACUAUUUAAAAAACAAAAAACGUCGAGAAAUUUUCACCGAAAUGGUCUUAGUUCAACGUAUUUGUUUUUUACUUUUGUUGGUCCUGUCAAAAAUUCUGCUGUCAAAGCGGAAACACCUUUUUGCCGAGGGACUGCCGGAAAUGACGUCGUAAUGACCGAGUUUUAAAUAUUUUCCUUUGAAAAUUUCACAAAAUCUUUAUCAAAUAUGUAUUUUCGGAAUAAUAAAAAGUUUGAAUAAAAUAUUUUAUUUUUUAUAUGAAAAAAUUGAAAUGAAUUUAGGACGUUUUUUGCCCAACGAAACCCAUGUAACCUCUUAAGCAAGUCGAUUAAAAUCUAUAAAGUUUUUUUGGUAAUAAUACCCCUCUUUUCUACAUACAAACGAAAGCUCAAUAGCGCUCUGCGUGGGUAAAGCUUUCAUAUGUUUUGGACUUUCAUUAGUUUCAGCUUCGUGAACUCUCAUAAGCAAUUAGACUAUAUCCUUGUUUAACUGUGACUUAUUUUAUAUUACAACGACAAGUUGUUUUAAAAUCAAAUGGGAAAAAGUUUAAUUAAAAAAAAUAUAUAUAUAAUUUUUUUAUUCUUUGCUGCAAAUAAACGAAAUCUUAAGCAAAAUGUAUGAUACGCAUUAGACGAAAAAACCAGUAAUAAUGGAUAUAUGGUUUACUAUAAAAAAAAAUAAUAAUAGCGGUAAAUGAAAUAAAAUAAUAUUAGUAAAAAGGAAGUGCUACAAUAUAAAGAGCAAAGCCCACCUCUGUAGAAAACAAUGAAAACAUUUACUUUAGAAUUGUGCUGAAGACAAAAAAAGUUACAAUGAUUUUUUUGAAAGUUGUUACGGUAACUUAAGCACUUUUUAGAAACUCAAAACAAACUGCACAAACUUAAAAUAGAAGAAGAACAAUUAGUAUUAGAAAUUUAAAAUUGUUGACAUAAAAUGUAUGUGUGUGUGUAAAUGCUGUAGAAAAAUGUAUUAAAAAUUGAUGGAAACAAAAAUUUUCUGAAAAAAAAAUUCGGAGCUUAAAAAGCUACAAACUUUUUGUCCGACUACCAACACGACGCGCCUCUAUAGAGCCUACAUAUUAUAGUAUAUGCAAUAAUAUAGAAGAAACAAAAUAAAGAAGUAACAGUAAUGAGCUAUACCUUCCAGCAAAACAAUGAUUUUCCAAAGGGAAAUCUGCCAUUACUAACUGCAUUAAUUAAGUUCCUCAACUUUGCUUUUAGUCGCUAUAUAGUUACUAAUAUAAUUUGCCUUUUCCACCACGAUUUCUUCUCAAAUCUCGCUGUAAAAUGCUAAAAAUAUUGAUGUCUGUAUGUAAUUGUAACCGUAGACUAAUUUGAGCGAAUUGUGCUUAAUGAAAGCUUCAAAUACUAUUAGUCCUAUGAUAUAGCGCAGAUAAUACUUUAAACAUGGCAUACAAUAAUUAAUGAAUGCUGCACAUACAUACACACACACACAUGUAUGUAUGUGUGCACAAUUUAACUCAAAAGCCAAAACAGUACUCGAAUCAGUUGUAAAAUUGGAGCUUAUAGUCAUAAUAUCUACAUGUUAACUGUAUAUGUGUGAGCUUAAUUUCGUUGUAAAUCCAUUUACAUAUGUCUAUAUGUAAGUGUAUUUCGAAAAAUGCCGUUUUUAUAAUAUAAUUUUUUAAGCAAAAUUGCUAAAAAAUCAAUGCAAGCUCCUGCAUCAAGCUAAAAAAUGCAAAUAAUAUAAAAUAAAAUGUAAAAAAUAAUUAUAGACGCGAUGUUGUUAAAUUUGUUGAAUAAGCAAGAUUAUACAGAGUUCAUAAAAACACCAGUUGUUGCAUAAUUUUAAUCAUAAAAAAAUACAAAUUCAAAAAUACACACAUGUACAUGUAUGCAUGUGCUACUUUGUAUAUAAGCUUCCGAAAAAAGCUCCAUGAUGCGAAGCUUAAUUAAACCAUACUUCAAAGCUUGAAUAUUUUUUGUAAGACUGGGCGCCUUGAAAUAUGCAAACAUUUGAUCAUUUAGCACUUUUUAAAUAAAUUUGGUUUUUAGUUUCUAAUUUUUAAUUUUUUAAUCAAUUUCUAGAAAUGAAUUUUGUUCCUUAGGAAAAAUCCAUUAUUUAUUUAAAAAGUAAUAAACAUUUUCAAUUUGUAUUAACUAAAGUCCUGAAAUUAUUGCUUAAUAUUGGUUACAUGGUUUAAGAACCGGCUAAUUUUAUCAAAAGUCUAGAUUUUUAUGCGCUAUAACUUAAUUAUUCAUUCCAACGUUCAUCAGUUAUCAACAUACUUUAUCUUGCAGCUUUGCUAUAAAAUUAAAUUUAUUUAAAAUGUAAAUUGUUUUUUUUAAAUUUUUGAAAGUAAGCUUUUUUUUCGUCAACUUUUUUAUAAAAGCAAGUAUUUUUUGUAUUUCAAGCACCAUCUUAGUAGCUGUAAUCUACCACCAGCUAUGUGCUUUGCUCCAGCAACUUGGGACCGUGUCUAAAAGUCCCAGAAACUUUAUUAUUAGAUAUUCAAUCAAAUCGAUUUCAUUAAGCAACGCGUCUUUUUUUCUGAGAAACCAUCACUGCAGUCUUCUGCUUGAAGAGGAGUCUUCUGCCGUCUCGUAGGAAGUCUUUCCUUGAUUACGUCGACGACUUCGGACUUCGGACACAACUAACUUUAGACACGCACUGAACGUCAUUCACAGUGGCGUAAUCAACACCUUCACCUACUCCCUUUUAGUGAAUGGUGUACUUGGCGUCCAACUACCACCCAUUGCAAACGAGAAGCACGAGUUGUCGCAAGAGUUGGAGGAAUUUUGAGAAAUGAUGCCGUGUUGACAGUUUUUGGCUGGAUAAAAAUCCGCCUGCGUUUCGGUUACUUAGACCCGACUGUCGUGGGAGCAGUCGAAAUUAUUUCGGGAAUGUUUUUUUGCCGCUAGAACAAUAACAACAACAAGUUUCUCUGAGAAUUUAGAGUUACGCUUGCGCAACUUCGUUUAGGAUACUGCAGCAAGUUAAACUCCUACUUAUGCAGAAUUGACCCCGACAUGUCCAGCUAAUACUACUCACCCAACACACCUCUCCCUAUGGUCCGACCCCGUCGAAACAGCAUGUUUCUUGUGGCUAGCGUUGAGUGACUGCGAUGAUAACCAACAUGAACCUUACCACCCAAGCGGUGACUAGAUAACCGCUACAACAACAACACAUCCACAUAGAGGUAAUACGGCUUCGCGGUAACAAUUCCAUAUCCACUAAAUCAGCGUAAUAAAAAAACUGUGUGAGAAAUCAUGAGAUUUGAUCGAAUCUGCUGGUUUUUUUUUUUAUUCAUGACCUUCUAGACCAUUUCGCCUUCGACGUUGUACUCAGCUGCCUAUAAUUAAUAUCCGUUAAUGUCUCUUUUAGGCAAAUCAGUCUAGAUCAUCAGCUCCACUGAUUUGUUAUUCUCUACACCUUUUUACUGUUUUCAAAUACUGUUUUGACGAAACAGCUUAACUGACUAGAUUUUCUAUCGUUAUAUUUUAAAAGUUUCUUCAGAAGUUUCCUUUCAGAAAGAAUUACUAAAAUAGAUAAUGAUUACCAUUCGGUACGCGAUAAGCUCCAAACAGCGUUAAAAUCGAAAAUUUUCGGAAAAUUUUGUAACAGCGGUUGUUUUUCUACAUAAAAAGAUUCUAAAGCGUAAGCACCAGGGUGUCGAUUUUUUUUACAAUACUAUUAUAUAUACUAUUAAUAUUUUCUACUUAUUUUAUUUAUUAGUUUUUAAUAUUUUCUAAUAUUAUUUAAAGAAAAUAAUUAUUGGUAAUUUUAUUUAUAUAAUUAUUAUAAAGUAUUAAAAAAUAAUAUAAAAUUAUUAAUAAUUAUUAUUUUGUUAAAAAUACUUUCAAUUAAAAUUCAAAUGUGAUUGCUCAUGUAAUCAAUACUGCUUUUUUAAUUUACAACCAAGUAUUAUAGUAAUUGAAUGCUCACUUAAAAUUCAUUCAGAAUGAUUUAAAGCGCUUUAAUUUGGUAAUUUUGUUAAGAUCGAAUUCAAUAUUUGCAUUCUAUGAGAAGGUGAGCUCAAGCAAAAAAGCGUACAAUUCUGAAGUGUCCACUAAGUGUAAAAAUAUUGUAAAUACUGAACAAAUUUAGCCAGCAAGUGUGGGCAAAUAUGAACGUAAUUAAUGAAAAACAAAAUAUUUGCAAACUUACAUACAUAAAUAAUUAGUUAAUGUACAUACUUACGUAUUUAGCGUAAAGGGAGACAAAAAUGGCUAAACUAAUUUAAAAAAAAAUAAGUGGCAUACUUAUUUAGUAUGUAGCUUAGUUGGAAACCGUGCAGGUAUUAAAAAUACGCACAGUAAGAAUUAUUCAAAUCUAUAUAUAUAUAUUAUAUAUACAUGCAUAUAUAACUAAAUAGUUGAAAUACUCAUAGAAUAUAAUCAAAAAUGUUAAAUUUGCAUUUAGCAUACAUAUAUACAUACAAAUAUAAACUUAUAUACAUACAUACAUACAUUUGUACAGACCUUAAAAUAUACAUAGACACCGCUGCAGUUGAGAAAAGCAACAGAAGAACUGCAGAAACUUGUUUGAUUAAAUGUUUUAGACUCAUACUUUUUAGCCGUACAUACCAACAACAAAAACAAACAUAAAUACCUAUACAUUGGUGUUAUAUACAUAAACGAAUGUUGUAGAAUUAAAAUAGGCGAAAAAGUGAUCAAUAUACACACAUAAAGUCAUACAUAGUUAGAUUUUCAAAAAUACAUACAUAUAUAUAUAUACAUAUAUGGUAUAUAUAUAUCUAUAUAUAUAUAAUCAUUAAAAAAUAUACACGAAUGCAUAUGCAAUAGUCUAAACAGCAAACGAAAAUGAGUCCAAGCAAGCAAGAAGUAGAAAACAACUAUUAUAAACAAAAACAAAUAUAAUAAAACUAAAAAAAAAACAUGUACAACAAAUUGCAAAUCAAACUGUGUAGAUAAAUUGGCAUUUUACAGUUGAGGCGUUAGAAACAAAUGCAAAAACUUUAAAAAAAAAUAAAAAUUGAAAAAACUCACGAAAAAGAUUUGUGGCAAAGGAAAUGUAUAAAAUUGACAUUUUCUUCUUUUAAAGUGUGAUAGCAGUUUAGGAAGAAAUCUGAAAUAUAUAUGCAAAGAAAUUAUAAAAAAAAAAUCAAUUAUAAUAAUUAUUAUGUGUUAAGUUGCUAAAAGUAGUUAUUUUCGAAAAGCCAUAGAAGUGGAAGCAGUAAAAUAUUAUAUAUAUAAAUUAUAAACAUACGUAACGUACAUACAUUAUGAAAUGGCAAACCAUUAUAUUAU